AGAGGCAUCUCCACCGUCCUCAUCGCUCUGAUCCGACACAGACGGUAGAAGUGAAAAAGAGAAGUAAGUUUAGCUUUAAUUUAUUUAACUGAAUACUGAGCUGUGGUACUUAAAUCUGACCUUUUUAACAAUAACACAUUGAAUUUGUUCCUUCAGUGUCAGUGUUAAUGUCACAGUGAGUGUCUCAGUGCGUCUGAUGAAGUGUGUAUUCUGUGUGUGUGUGUGUGUGUGUGUGUAUGGUGUAUUACAGGAUGCUGAGGGUGAGACUGCUCCUGCUCUUGUUCUGCUCCGUUGCCCUGCUGAGACCCGGUGCUGGUUUCGGGAGCCGCAGGCUGUGUGGCGUCCAGCUGGUGGAGGCUCUGCUGCUCGUCUGUGGGGAUAAAGGCCUGUUCUACCAGUCAGGGAGACGCGGACGAGACGAGGACAUCCGUAAGUGUGUGUGUGUGUGUGUGUGUGUGUGUGUGUGUUCUGUUCGGCUUGUUCACUCGGGCUCUGUGUGGAUUCUGGUUCUUGUCAGUGUGAUGAUGACGGACGCCGCCGUUUCCCACCAGGUGAUGCGGAAGGAGGAGUCUGCUGUUUCCGGUGUGAUAAAGAGAGGGAUUGUGGAGCAGUGCUGUCAUUUCUCCUGCGAUUACUAUGAUCUGGAAAACUACUGCAACAUAUAAACACACUGUGGACGAGGUUCACUCAGAGGAUAAAGCUCCCACAGGAUCCUCACAUCACUAAACAUUACUCAUAAACUCAAUAUAAAAACUACAAUAAAAACUCUGCUCAUUCAUUAAUUACCUGUGAGUCAUUUACCUUUUUUUUCUCCCCAGAAUUAUCUCACAAAACUAAUCAAGUGCAAAGAAACAUCUCUAUCUGCACUGGGUUACCUCAUUAUCUCAGUUUAUCUCAUUACACUGAGGAUUUAUUAAUAAAGUAAA